GACACAGGCACCGCAUAGGUCAUAGGUUUGCAAGGGUUUUGCAGCAGCGGACAGCUCUCUCUCUUUCGACAUACAGAUGAUGGCCAGCACGGUGGUGGCCGAGAAGACAGAGGCAGAGCUUCGGAAAGAAAUCGAUGAACUCCGCCGCCAACAGCGGGAGAUUACAGAGCGUCUACGAGAUCCCAGGGGUAUUCGCCGCGGUGGCUUAACGGGUGCCGGACCACGCAAUUUUGCUGCCAAUGGCAAUCGGCAACGUGGCUUCGUUCGACCUGCGGACAGGAAUGAUGCUGACGACCAGCCUCCUGCAAAAAGGCGACUCUCUUCAGCUGUUGUGAAGGUUGAGGAUGGGGAGAUUAUCGAAGGUGGUCCUGAAGCUGUGACUGAUGUGGAAGAGAAAGAAGUAGCACUUGAUACAGGAGAUGCUGUAAAUACCAAUGGAAGCGAGGGUGAGAGAAAGCCGUCUAAUUGGUCUCAGAGGGUUGGUAGUCAGCAGCCAUCGAAAAUGGAUUUUGAAAUCCCUCCUGAACACGUGCCAAGGGUGUUGCCUAAGGAUGAGGACCCUAGUUUGGUCAGCAGGAAUAAGAGGAUGCUUGGCCAGCUUCUUGGUACAUUAGAGAGGUUCAGGAAAGAGGACGUGAAACUAUCCGGCACGGAGGCAUACAUGAGAAGAUCUGAUUCUUUGAAAAGGGCUGAGCAACGGGCACGUGAAGAAAGUGAAAAACUGAGGCUACAAGAGCGUGAACAGAUUGCGGAAAAGCGAAAGAGAGAUUUGACCCUCAGAGCACGUAUAGCUGCAAAGGCAGAGGAAAAGAAUAUGGAAUUGCUGUUUCUUCGGUGGAGUGAGCACCACCAAAAACUUGGAAAUUUCAUAAGGACUAAGGCUGAACCUCCAAUCUAUUACUCGUUUGCCAAGCCUCUGGAUCAGGAUCCAACUUUGAUUGAGCAGCAGAAAGAAAAAAUGUUUCAAGAGUGGAAAUCUGCUAGGAGAGAGGAACUGUCGCAAUAUCAGAAACAAAUUUUGGACCAGUACAUUGCAAAUGUGGACAAGGAACUGGAAAGGUGGCAAAAUGGGAGGAAAGGUAGAAGGCCAAAUAACAGUGUGGCAAACUUACAGGAGACAAUGGACAAAGAGCUAGAGACCCAUCAGCUUGAGCAUGGUCCCAAGAACAGAAAAAUUCCUGGGCAAAGUAACAAUGAAGAUGAAGAUGAUGUGGAAGAUAUAAAUGUGGCAGAGGAUGAUAUGAUGGAUGAUGUGCUGGGUGUUGAUGAUAAUGGGGGAAGGGUUGAUGAAACAGAGAAACUAGAAACAGGUAAUAUUCCACACGAGGACAAGAAGGAUGAGUAGGUUUCCUUGCAAAAUUUUAUCCAUGCUUAGAUUUCGUUUGGUAUUUCGCCCUCAGUGUUUUAUGUUUGCUAGGAUGAUUAGGAUUCAGGUUCUUUGUCAAAGGUCCUCUGUGCUGCUUGAUCCAUGAAACUUUGAAUUAAAGCUAGUUGUAGCUCACUGUGUGAUUAUUUUACUGUAUUGGUUUCUAAUAAUGGAGUACUAGUAGUUUUUUUUUGUGA